CGAGAGGCGAGACCGCGAGAACCACUGCUCCGUCACGGCUGCCGGCUGCCGGCAGCUCGGCUGACUGCUGCUCGCCUGCUCCACUGCACGGCUGGACCACUGCUGAGUUCUGACUGCUCUACCGCCUCUACGCUACUUCGACUUUCAGAAAUCAGCAAGUGCAUCAAUCUCUGCACCAAUCCAAAUUUCAAUUUUCAGUUGAAAACCUUUGAAUUGCCAACCCUUGGAAUCACAAAAGUUGACGCCUUUAAAAUCUAAUCGGAAGAACUGUUGAUAACAAUUCAAGAAAAUCUUGUAAUGGACAGCAGCAAUGGAAGUACAACAGCCGUCUCAGGGUGGACGGCGGAGGAAGCCAUUGCUGGAAAUGCAGAGGCCCUCUGUGCUCUUCGAGAACUCAUCAUGUAUCCUCUCCUCUACUCUCAGGAGUCAAAAAAGCUUGGCCUCAGAUGGCCUCGUGGCUUGUUGCUUUAUGGUCCUCCGGGUACUGGAAAGUUUUGUGUUUCUGGAAUUUCAGACAAGCUUGGUUCGAGCAGUUGUUCAAGAAUGUGGAGCACAUUUGAUUGUUAUUAGCCCUCAUAGUGUUCACAGAGCACAUGCUGGUGAAAGUGAGAGAAUUUUGCGGGAAGCAUUUACUGAAGCAUCAUCUCAUGCAAAACUUGGGAAGCCAUCAGUUAUCUUUAUAGAUGAAAUUGAUGCGCUCUGUCCUCGUCGGGAUUCUAGAAGGGAGCAAGAUAUUCGUAUAGCUUCUCAACUUUUUAUGUUGAUGGACUCCAAUAAAUCACUUUCAACAUCUGGAUUACAUGUCGUUGUAGUAGCAUCUACGAAUAGAGUGGAUAUGAUUGAUCCUGCUCUAAGAAGAUCUGGGCGUUUUGAUGCUGAGAUUGAGGUAACAACCCCUAAUGAAGAUGAUCGUUUCCAUAUCCUCAAGCUUUAUACGAAGAAGCUUCCUUUGGAUCCGAAUGUUGACCUGCGGGCCAUUGCUGCCUCUUGCAAUGGUUAUGUUGGGGCAGAUUUAGAAGCUUUAUGCCGUGAAGCUACUAUGUCUGCAGCUAGAAGAUCCUCAACAUCAAAUCAAGAAGAUGGCUCUUGGAACGUAACGAUGGAUGACUGGAAGCAUGCCAGGUCUGUCGUUGGGCCUAGUAUAACAAGAGGUGUAGUUGUCGAAGUGCCAAAGGUUUCUUGGGAGGAUAUUGGAGGACUGAAAGGCAUAAAGAAAAAGCUGCAGCAAGCUGUUGAGUGGCCAUUGAGACAUUCCGAAGCAUUUGCACGGUUAGGUGUAUCACCUCUUCGUGGAAUCCUUCUUCAUGGACCUCCAGGGUGCUCUAAAACAACCCUUGCGAAAGCUGCUGCUCAUGCUGCCCAGGCUUCGUUUUUCUCCUUGAGUGGCGCAGAGUUGUACUCGAUGUACGUUGGUGAAGGUGAAGCGUUGUUGCGCAAUACAUUUCGAAGAGCUCGACUUGCGUCACCGAGCAUAAUUUUCUUUGAUGAAGCUGAUGUUGUUGCUGCCAAACGUGGAGGAAGUUCAAGUGGAAGUAGUACAGUUGGGGAGAGACUUCUUUCUACUCUUCUGACCGAAAUGGAUGGCCUAGAGCAAGUUAAAGGAAUUCUUGUUUUGGCUGCUACGAAUCGUCCUCAGGCAAUCGAUGCUGCUCUUAUGCGACCUGGACGAUUUGAUCUGGUUCUCUAUGUGCCACCACCAGAUUUAGAAGCUCGAUAUGAGAUUCUUCGUGUACAUACGCGCAACAUGAAAUUAGAUGCCGAUGUGGAUCUUAGACAACUAGCUGAAAGCACCGAGCUCUUCACCGGGGCCGAGUUGGAGGGCCUGUGCAGAGAAGCGGGAAUCGUUGCUUUAAGAGAAGAUAUAUCAGCCACGGUUGUGUGUGAUCGACACUUCCAAACUGUCCGCCAGUCGUUAAAUCCGGCGCUCACCCGGGAAGAAAUUGAAUCAUAUUCCUCCUUCAUGAAGAACCCAUCUCUGAGAUCUUCUGGUUCACUUGAAUCUUGCUCCAACCAGAGCAGUAAAGGGGCCAAGAAUCUGCAUUUGUUGACAAGUCCUGUCACAAUUGGUAUUGUUAGCUUAGCUUUGUUUGCUGCCAUGAAAUAUCUGUUCAUCCCUGCAGAGAUUUUGUCUAGAGAACUGAGAAGUACUUAGUCUGGCAACUCUUGUUCAUAGCUCAAUGCUAUAACACAUGAAAAACAUGUGUUUUUUUUUUUU